AUGAGUGGCACCAGCGAGCAAGCGCCACCGCCCCCAAGCGAGACUACGAUGGCCACCACAGGUCAAUUCGAGCCGUUUGAAGAAUGGGACACCUUCGUGUCCAGGUUCGACUUCUAUGGCACAGCGACCAAGAUCACCGAUUCAGAGGUGAAGAAAGCUACAUUCCUGAGUGUCUGCGGGAAAAAAAAUUUCAAAGUGGCUUGGACGCUAGUGGCGCCCACCGAACUCAGGGCAACAACACUCACUGACAUCACCUCCAAGCUAUCCGACAUCGCAUGCACACACGCUUUCCAUAAAUGCGAUCAGGCCGAGGGUGAAUCUGUAGCCAAAUACGUGACUGCACUCCGCAAGACAGCCAGACAGUGCAACUUCACUGACCUAAGCGACCGGCUUCGUGAUCGGCUUGUAUGUGGCCUACUAAAGGAGAAGCUACAAUGCUGCUUAUUUGCGAAAAAGAGCUUACCUUUCAGACAGCAUACGAGGAAGCUGUCACUGCCGAAGCAGCUGAGCGAUCCACCCGGGAUGUGCGGCAGUCGAGAAUGCCACCGGAGUUCUGGAAAGCACAGCCAGUGCAUCGGGAAAGCAUGGAAGACUCUGACAGUGAGGACGACCGAGUCCACUGAACACGAGCCGAAGAUAGCAAACGCUCCAAUCGUCAACCAACUACUGCAACACGCUGCACCAGUUGUGGUGGCGACCACAACCACCGUCUCGAAUUACACAUCAGACAACUUCUCCAGCUAUGAGGACGACUACCUGUGCGCUGAGGCAGAAGACAGCGCCAGACACCCCCUGAAGAAGGUCUUUCUGCCCUUGGCCUACCUGCUGAUCUUCGUGCUGGGGGGGCUGGGCAACACCCUGGUGCUGGUGAUUCUGCGGCGCUACCGUCACAGCCGCACCUCCACAGAGCAGUUCCUCCUCCACCUGGCCCUGGCCAACCUCCUGCUUGGGCUCACCUUCCCCUUUGGGGUGGUGCAGUGUCUGGCAGGGUGGGUGUUCGGGCCUCUCCUCUGCAAGGUCCUCAGCGCCGUCAACAGGAUCAGCUUCUACAGCAGCAGCCUGCUCCUGGGCUGCGUCAGCGUGGACCGCUACCUGGCCGUGGUGCAUGCGGUGAGGACCUUCCUGAAGCGGCGGAGCCUGUCCGUCCACCUGACGUGCCUGGGGGUCUGGCUCUUCUCCCUCCUGCUGACGCUGCCGGACUUGCUCUUCACGGAGGUCUGGCCCGACAGCAACAACGUCAGCAUCUGCCACUUCCAGAAGGACGGCAUCCACGGCAGCAACGCGUGGCUGGCCACUCGCUUCCUCUACCACAUCGUGGGCUUCUUCCUGCCCUUGGCGGUCAUGUGCUACUGCUACGCGGCUAUCGUGCGGGUCCUGUGCCGGUCCCAGCGCCGGCAGAGGCAGAAAGCCGUCAAAGUGGCCAUUUUGGUCACAGGCGUCUUCCUGCUCUGUUGGAGCCCUUACCACGUGGUUAUUUUCCUGGACACCCUCGUCAAACUGGGGCCGAGUGGCUGCAGCUCGCCCUGGCUGAACAUGGCCACCCUAGUGAGUGAGAUUAUUGGCUACAGCCACUGCUGCCUGAACCCCCUCCUCUACGCUUUUGUGGGCAUCAGGUUCCGCCGCGACGCCUGCCGCCUCCUGCACGACCUGGGCUGCCUGAGACAAGCCGCGCUGCAAGACAUCCUGGGCGCCUGGGGGACGGAGAGCACCACCGAGAUGGAGGCCCCCCUCGGCGCGGCGCGGCAGCCCUCCGCCCCCUACCCUGACCAGACACACGGCCCAGUGAGCAGGUGGGGGCCUGGCUUGGCCAGGGGCCUUUUGCCACCCCAGCCCCGCCCACAAGGUGGAGGUCCUGCUUUUGCCUAG